AUGGGGACCGUGUCCGGAGCAGCCUUGGUCUUGGCCUGUUUAACUGUUGCUUUUGUGGCCUCUGAUGGAGGUUUCAAGACUUCAGGGCAGAGAGAGCUAGGGCCAGAGCCCCUGACCCACCCCCUCCAAGAAGUGGGCUAUGCUGCACCCCCUUCCCCACCUCUGACCAGAGCCCUCCCCCAGGGUCACCCAGACACCGCCCAGCAUAACCUUCACUUUGAGGGACAGAGUGAAGUGCAGCCCCCUCCCUCACAGGAGGCCAUCCCCCUCCAAGAGGAGCUGCUCCCUCCCCAGCUCCCUGUGGAAAAGAAAGGGGGUCCCCCUCUCCCUCAAGAAGCCGUCCCCCUCCAAGAGGAGCUGCCCCCUCCCCAGGUUCCUAUUGAACAGAAGGAAGAAAAGCCAGCUCCUUCGAUGGACCACAGCCCCCCAGAGCCCGAGUCCUGGAAUCCAGCACAGCACUGCCAACAGGGCCGACCCCGAGGUGGCUGGGGUCACCGGCUGGAUGGCUUCCCCCCUGGGCGGCCUUCCCUGGACAAUCUGGACCAGAUCUGCCUUCCUAGUCGUCAGCAUGUGGUGUACGGCCCUUGGAACCUGCCACAGACUGGCUUUUCCCACCUCAGCCGUCAGGGUGAGACCCUCAAUUUGCUGGAGACAGGAUAUUCUCGCUGCUGCCGCUGUCACAACCCCACGAACCGCUUGGAUUGUGCAGAACUCGUGUGGGAAGACGCAGUGACCCGGUUCUGUGAGGCCGAGUUUUCGGUCAAGACCCAACCCCAUGGGUGCUGCAAAAAGCAGGGGGAGGCUCGAUUAUCCUGCUUCCAGGAGGAAGCCCCCCGGCCACACUACCAGCUCCGGGCCUGCCCCAGCCACCAGCCUGGUAUUUCUUUGGGACCCGAGCUGCCCUUUCCCCCUGGGCUACCCACAGUGGAAAAUAUCAAGAACAUCUGCCACCUAAAACGCUUCCGCUCGGUGCCACGCAACCUCCCAGCCACGGACUCCAUCCAAAGGCAGCUGCAGGCCCUGACCCGGCUGGAGGCAGAGUUCCAGCGUUGCUGCCGGCAGGGGAACAACCACACCUGUACCUGGAAGGCCUGGGAGGAUACCCUCGAUGGGUACUGUGACCGGGAGCAGGCUAUAAAGACCCAUCACCACUCGUGUUGCCGCUACCCCCCUAGCCCCCUCCGCGAUGAAUGCUUCGCCCGUCGGGCUCCCUAUCCCAACUAUGACCGGGAUAUCUUGACCCUUGACCUCAGCCGAAUCACCCCCAACCUCAUGAAUCACCUCUGUGGAAACCAAAGAGUUCUCAGCAAGCACAAGCAGAUUCCUGGGCUGAUUCAGAAAGUAACUGCCCACUGCUGUGACCUGCCGUUGCCAGAACAGGCCUGCUGUGCUGAGGAGGAGAAAUCAGCCUUUAUCAAUGACCUGUGUGGUUCCCGACGUAACUUCUGGCGAGACUCUGCCUUCUGCUGUAAACUGAGUCCUGGGGAUGAACAGGUCAACUGCUUCAACACGAAUUAUCUGAGGAAUGUGGCUUUAGUGACUGGGGACACUAGGGAUGCCAAGGGCCCCAGGGAGCAGGGCCCAACUCAGGGAACAAACAGCAGCCCCACCUCUGAGCCCAAGGAAGAGUGA